AGAGCCCCUGACUCAAUGCUGCUUUGGUUAAUAAGUAACCAGGGUGGGAGCGCCGAGACUGGCCGGAAGGUUUAAAGUGAGGGAGCAGAGGAGCCAGGACCUCACUCAGCACCUCACUCAGCAGCAGCAGACACACACGAAAGAAUCGUUUUAAGUUGACUAUCAACCAAAGGUAAAAAUGUGGUCGCCUCUCCUAGCCCUCCUACUCUGCGGCUACUUCUCUGGAAGCCAAGCCAACCGCGUCUACGUCCAUCCCUUCCAUCUCUUUGCUGCCGAGAAUGUCAGCUGCGAGACCCUGCAGACGCAGACGUCAAAGCCUCUGGAGACGCUUCCUGUGGCCCCCCUUGAUGUUGAAGUCCUGACACCAGACAGCAGGGACCCGUCGAAAGUGGACGCUCAAAGGCAGAACAUCACAGAGAGGACGGCGGUCCUGGCAGAGCUGCUGAACUCUCUGGGCCUGAGGAUGUACCAGGCCAUGAGCAAGCAGCACAGCACCAACACCCUCCUCUCUCCGGUCAACACUUUCGGAUCACUCGCCACCCUCUACCUGGGAGCGUCCAAGAAGACAGCGAGCGUGUUCCAGCUUCUACUGGGCCUGAGCAGUGGCGCCGACCAAGAGGACUGUGUGUUCUUGUUGGACGGACACAAGGUUCUCAAGACCUUGCAGGGCAUUAACUCUCCAGUGGACGACGGGCCGAAAGAUGAAAUCACCACCCAGGUCUGGACCUUCACUCGCCAGGACGCUCAACUGUCCGAGGACUUUAUUCAAGGCACUCAGGACGUCUCCGACACAUCGUUCAUCCGAGGUGUGGACUUCUCCAAACCUCAAGAGGCCGAGCAGCUGGUGAACAGCUUUAUGGAGAAGACAUCCGACGGCAGGGUGAAGAACGUCUUCAGAGAUCUGAACUCCGGCAGCGACCUUCUGUUUGUUUCUUCCUUCAACUUCCAAGGCAACUGGAGGACAGCUUUUCAACCAGAGAAGACCUCCAUGCAGGAGUUUCAUCUGGAUAAUACAACCACAGUGAUGGCUCCACUGAUGACCCACACGGGUCAGUACCAUUACCUCAAUGAUAAGGAACAGCGGUGCACAGUUGUGAAGCUGUCUCUGAGCAAACGCUCCUACAUGUUGCUGGUCCUGCCUCAUGAAGGAGUCAACCUCAAUGACAUUGAGUCUAAGCUGCUCACUAACGUCAUGUCUGACUGGCACCAGAGCCUCCAAGAAGGUCUGUUGGAGCUGUCUCUCCCAAAGUUCUCCAUGAUCUCUGUGAGUGAUCUGCAUGACCUGCUGACCAACAUGGAUCCAGAAAUUGAGGCCAAGUUGUUGGGCUCCGAGGCUGAGUUCAGCCAACUCAGCAACAUCAAACCCUUCACUAUAGAUAAGGCGGUCAACAAGGUGUCGUUUGAGAUGUCAGACGACGGAGCAGAACUUCAGGACAAGAUCCAGGAAGCGGGCGUCAUUCUGAAACUGUCCAUCAAUCGGCCGUUCUUCUUUUCUGUCAUAGAGGAAGGUUCUAACGCCAUCCUCAUGCUGGGCAAGAUCACCAAUCCCACACUGUAAAGUUAUAUAGUACUUGAAAGCUCAUUAAGAAUAGAUCCUUGUUUUCCAGCUGAGGAAUGAAGCACGACCUCGCUCACCACCUAGCUGAUCUCUGGACUGCCGGGGAGAUCUGUCUCAGUAUUUAUGAAAAGCUGUUACUUUAAGUUGUUUUCAAGCAGCUUGUUAAAAAUCCUAAUUAGUUUUUUUUCCUAUAAAAUUUAUUAUAGCAGAGUUCUGUACAGUAUUUUUCAGUAGAGUAGGUACAGUAACCACAAUUCUCUAUGACAAAUGACUAAUAAGU